CUCUCCCAUAUACACAUACACAAUCACGUCUUCUAGCUUGUCAUGACUGGCUAAGAAGACUGCCUUAGAGUUAAUAUUUGACUAAAGAACGAAGAACCAAGGUUGCCUUUGCUGUGUUUGUGUAUCUUGUGCUAUUGGCACUAGCAAUCUGACAACACACAGAGUUCUGUCAGUUCCAGAGUAUAUUGACACUAAACGAGAGGACUGACCACAACAUUCGGUGCAAUGGAGGUACUGGUUUUGUUAGACUUUGAGGGAACAAUGGGGGAUGAGAUAACAGUGCGUGCGGGUGAUGUGGUGAAGAAUGUGACACCGUCCAGUGAGGAGGGCUGGUUGGAAGGAGAACUUCGGGGAAAGAGAGGCAUCUUCCCUGCUAACUUUGUCCAGGAGGUGCCUGUUAACUUAAAAGGAGACAGUAAGAGGGAGCCACGAAGCAUAAGACAGCCAAAGAUGAUGAAGGAGCAGUGCAGGAAAUGCGAAGUGACUUAUAACUACACACCACAUCAUCAAGAUGAGCUCGAGCUAGUUGUUGGGGAGGUCAUAGAGAUCAUCAGAGAGAUUGAAGAUGGAUGGUGGAUGGGGAAAAAAGCUGGAAAAAUAGGAGCUUUUCCUUCAAACUUUGCAAAAGAAAUUUUUGUCUGUCCGAAAGAUGUGAAGAGCAGAACUAAACUCUCUGAGGCCAUCUUCAUGAAAGAGGGAGUACAACAACAGAAAGCAAGCAUACGUAAAAAGACAAAUGUAAAAGAAUGUUGCCAAGUUAUGUUCGACUACACGGCCAGUGCUGAGGAUGAACUAGAUCUAAAGAAGGGAGAAAUUGUCGCCAUCAUCAACAAGGUCUCUGAGGAUGAGGGAUGGUGGGAAGGAGAACUGAACGGACGAAGGGGCUUUUUCCCUGACAACUUUGUCAUGAUAAUCCCGAUGGAGGCUCUCCAAGAAAAAAGCCAACCACCACUGAGACGUGGCACGUUAAAGCGUUCAGUAAAUCAAGCACCAGGAAUGGAUAGAAUCAACACUGAAGCAAACACAAAGACAGAAACCAAAGAUGAGAAGUCAGAAGCCAAAGAUCUCAGAAGUGAUAUUCCUGGAAAAAUAAAGCUGCCUAGUCUUUUCAAAACCCCACCACCUCCCAUUAAAGACAAACCACAGAAACUUACAUCCAAGCCAAGUGAUGACCAGCCUCCUGUCUCACCAAAAGCCGCAGAUUGUAAGCCUAAAGAUUCAGACCAGUUUGAUGGAGUUGAUGUGUCUUCUGCUAAACUCAACCAUCCAACAGCCAACAGGGUCAAACCUCCACAGAGGAGACCACCAACACACACACCUGCAUCCAGUGACGCCAACCAAGCAUCAACAGAAACAGAUGGAGCUGAUACAAAGCUUCCAUUUCAUCCCAAGGCCACAGGAAAUAAUGUACCAUCAAACAACAAGGCUUCCACUACUUUAGCACCUGAGAAACCCACUCAGACAGAGACAAAACCAUCAGAGUUACCAUCACUGGAGCAGGUUCUAGCUGAACUGAAAGAACUGCGCAUGGAAAUGGAACUUUUCAAAACCCGACAUGAGACAGACAUGAAAGAGAUUAAAGACGAGCUAAAUGAUGAAAGGAGCAAACGGAUGAAAUUACAGGAUGAGGUGCAAUUGCUGAGGAGGCAGAAGUAAUUACAACUCAGCGGAGAUUUGAACUCGAGAUUGUGGUUUUUAUGUGGUGUGCUGCUCUCAGUGCAAUGCUGAAUCAGGAUUUCAUGACACAGUGUGAGUUACAAGACAACACUGACUGACCUGGAGACACACACAUCAGACCUCUCAGCAAUUACUGACACCAGAAAGGCUUCUCUUAUAAUAUAAAUACAUAUAUAUAUAUAUAAAAUAUAAAAUUAAAUGUCCCUCUCUGGUGUGACUUUUGGUCAGAUUUGUGGUUUGUGUGCCUAAUGUUGUGUUGCAUCUUACCAGAUACACAUAUCAUUAUCUUCUUUGAAAAUUUUCGUAAUCACUUGCACCCAUAUUGAUUUUUAAAUAAAAACUUUAAAACUGAAAUGCUCCAAAUUUUCAAAAAAAAUGACAACCUCAGUUGACAUUACCUAUGGUUUAUUAGAGCUGAAGUUUAAAGUUUGUUAAUGUUAACCAAUGCAUUAAUGACGUCAGUUAAGAGAACCUUGAUGUGAAGUCCAGAAGUUUUUUGUUUUCCAAGGUGGUAGAGGUCACAUCAGUGUAUUUCCCUUAAAAACAAAACAAAAUAACAAAUGUGUAUUUAAUUAUGUAAUACAGAAUUAAGAGAAAAUUUAAAGGCCAAGAUGUACUGUACUUGGCUGAAGUUGCUUCAGUUUGAACUGAGUUGUGUUACAUUUGUGUCUAUUUAAUUGUGUACACUGCAAAGCUUGCUUAGGUUAAGGAUUAUGCUGUUUGCUUUUACAGAACUGCACUGUUUCUUCAGGAUUUGUACUGUGACACUAGAGCUUCAUUAUUAAACUUGUGAAUUUAAGGUGAUGGAAUAAAAGUGGAUGCAUUAAAAUAA